AGUGCGUUUUUAUUUCUAUUCACGUGACACUUCGGAAAAAAUCUAUAAAGACAAAUCGUGGAAGAACGAUCACCCAUUUCCCUUGUGAAAAAUUGGUUUUUCCAAUUUCCGCAGUUUCCUCUGGGUCCAAGUCAAACGCGAUAGGUGAUCAACAUGAGCACAAAUUCCAACGAAGACGCAAAACAGGAAAAUGCACUCUCUACCGCACCAGUAGCGACUGAUAAUCAAAUUGCAAGUGGAAAUGACCCGAUUCAAAGGCAACCAUCCAAAUUGGAAUCUUUCUUCGCCAUCACAAAAUCAUUAAUCAUCCGUGCACUGAUCAUAUACUUCAUUACGUCAUUUUUCCGAUCUCGCCCGUCAACCCCCACGGGUACUUCUACCGUGCCACACUCAGUGGCACAAAACAUGUUCCAAAAUGGCACAAGAAUGUCUCUCCACAUAUACAUUUCGGAAAACUUUGUACAUCAGUUCGAAAACAGCAGCCUGUUCUGGGUGCAAUCCAAUUUAAUUUAUGGAGACUUUACAUCGGGGAAUUACCAAGAUGGUGUCUACUACUAUGAAAAUGUCCUGCAAGUUACAGAUCGAUUACGUAACAACGGGUCUUUGUUUUUACACGCAUAUUUGACCCGUUACGAACAAAGUCCCGACCCAAAAUCGUCCAAUUAUGCUAAAAAUGAAGUUAGCUAUGUGACAAUGCAACUGAAUAAGUAUAAGAAAUUGAAAAACUCGAAGACAAAAAAUUUAAUUACCGGUGAAACGGAACUGGAAGCACAAGAAGAAAGGAUCGUUUCUCAUUGGCAUCCUAACAUUACCAUUAAUUUAGUUACAGACUUUACUGGCUGGACUUUCGGGGGUGUUCCAUCGCCACUCGAUGAAUAUAUUAAAUUUACAGAGGACAAACUACUGUAUAAACCCAUACUGUUUGUUAACGACUUUUGGAAUAUGGCGAAAGACUAUAAACCGCUAAAUGAUACAUUGAAUUUGCACGUCACAUUCCAGCCGAUUGGGCUUUUUAAGUGGCAAAUUUAUGCCGCACAGUCCAUGAGGCAAAAGUGGAGUUUGUUUGGAGAUACAGAAGGUGAACAGUCGGAUGAAGAACAGGAUACCCUCAAGGAAACAUUGUUAGACACUAAUCCUUAUUUGCUAGGAUUGACUAUGUUCGUCUCCUUAUUGCAUUCCGUUUUUGAGUUAUUAGCUUUCAAAAAUGAUAUCCAGUUUUGGAACAACCGUAGCUCUUUGGAAGGUCUCUCGGUUCGUUCAGUCCUUUUUGGCGUGUUUCAAACGUUAAUAGUAUUACUGUAUGUUUUGGAUAACGAAACCAAUACCCUGAUUCGUAUCAGCUGCUUUAUUGGUUUAGGCAUUGAGCUGUGGAAGAUAAAUAAGGUUAUCGAUAUUAAAUUUGAGAAUGGACGACUUUGCUUUAAAGAUAAGGGUUCGUAUGUCGAAAGCAGCACAAGACAGUAUGACGAAUUAGCCUUCAAGUAUUUAUCCUGGGUUUGCUUCCCACUCUUGGCAGGUUAUGGCGUUUAUGCUUUGCUAUACUUAGAACAUAAGGGUUGGUAUUCCUUUGUUUUAAGUAUGCUGUAUGGAUUUCUGUUAACUUUUGGUUUCAUUAUGAUGACCCCUCAAUUGUUUAUUAACUACAAAUUAAAGUCCGUCGCUCAUUUGCCGUGGAGAAUGUUAACGUACAAGUUUUUAAAUACGUUCAUCGAUGAUAUGUUUGCCUUUGUUAUCAAAAUGCCUACUAUGUAUAGAAUAGGAUGCUUCAGAGAUGAUAUAAUAUUUUUAGUGUUCUUGUAUCAAAGGUGGAUUUAUCGCGUUGAUAAAACUAGAAGAAACGAAUUUGGGUACGUUGCCGAGCAACAAGAAAAUGCGGCAAUUGAAGAUAAAAAAACCCAAUAAUCAAAUUAGAUAAAUAUCCGUUUAUUGUAAAUGACUUAUUUUUUUUUCGUAAUUUAAAUCUGUAAUACAGUUAAAUAAAUUAAUCGUGUAGUCGCUGUUAUUAAAGGAAUGGUGAAGUUUA